CUUCUGUGCCUGUAAUUUUCCAUUCUCUAGGCGCUUGAUAAUCAAAGAAUAUUCACAAUCACUGUAUAGAGAGUAGGGCGCUAUAAAUCUCGCCUGCAGACAAAAAGAAGACAACACCUUUGAUGCGACCAUGACAUUCUAGAUAUAAAACAUCCGGCUGCUCGACGCAACACCACCUCCACCUCCUUGAUCGCGAAGCAUAACACUCAACACAAUGUCCAAUUCAAUAGGGCGCACGAUACUCUCGUACCAGCACAAUGCCAAACUCUACACGCUCCCAACUUCAGUCUCAGCAAUCACUCCUUUCCCUUCUCUGGCCGAAAGCAAUCGCCAACUUUUCAAGUCGGCGACAGACGAUGAUUCGGUCGUCGUGACGAAGGAGACAAUCUUCCACCCCCAAGGCGGCGGACAACCGUCCGAUACAGGAUCCAUGACAUCUGCGUCCGGUUCCUCAUUCUCUGUGUCCGCGGUGCGCAUGUCCGCGACCGACGAAGGCCAAGUUCUCCAUCUAGGCCGGUUCGCCGACCCGUCGAAGCCGUUCACGCCAGGCGAGACGGCCACGCAGCAUCUCGACGUCGACAAGCGUCUUUUGUACUCGCGUCUACACACGGCGGGACACGUGCUCGGUGCCGCAGUGAGGCACCUCCUCGAGAAACAGGUGGCGGGCUUCGACGAGCUCAAGGCCAGUCAUUUUCCCGACAGUGCGGCGUGCGAGUUUGCCGGCCUGAUCGAGGGGAAAUGGAAAGACGGCAUUCAGGCCAAAGUGGACGAGUACGUCGCAGCGUCGAUGCCGGUCGAGGUCGAUUUCUGGACCGAGGAGGACUUCAAGACCAACGGAGUCGAGCGGCUGAUCCCAAACGGAGACGGAGUCAAGCUCGCGCCGGGCGAAAAGUAUCGUGUCGUCAAGAUUGUAGGUGCAGAGGUCUACCCAUGCGGUGGCACUCAUGUCGACACGACCGAUCAAUGUGGGAAAGUCGGUGUGAGGAAGAUUAGUAGGAGCAAAGGCACAAGUCGGGUUUCUUAUAAUGUCAAUUGAGAAUUGGGAGUCCAGGAAGAUAUCAAUUCCCAAACCAUAAAUCUCACCAGAGAAAGAAAGGCCGGAUAUAGGGUUGCCGUCAUUCGACAGACUAGAUUGUGCCAUGUUGAGUACGAAGAUUAUCUAGACUAAGAUCUAUGCAAUGUAACAUGUAUCUAUGAAACGUC